AUGAGUAGCUUGGAUUUAAAACCAAAAUACGAAAUAGGUGAAAAAUUACUUUGUUUCCAUGGGCCUCUUAUGUAUGAGGCGAAAUGUCUAGACGUCAAAGUGAAAGAAGAUGGUGUAAUGUAUUUUGUGCAUUACCAAGGUUGGAAUAAAAACUGGGAUGAAUGGGUGACAGAGAAACGUAUGUUCAAGUAUAAUGAAGAGGGUUUGAGGAAACAAAAAGAAUUAGAGCGACAAAUAAAAUCGGGCAAGGUUAAAGUUUUGAGGAAGUCCGACUUAAAGUCACAGUCAUUGCCACCUCCAGAAGUCCUGGAGGACGUGGAACGGACAUUGAAGCCUGGUCAAGUGAAACAAGAGGAAGAUGCUCCUAAGGCCAAGAGCGUAAAGACCAACAAAGAAACCAACGGGAAAACUGAUACUCGUGUACCUGCUGAUUUGAAAGAGACUGAAGAUAUUAAACCACCCAUUAAGUGUUGUGAAGAUGCAAACACACCGUCUACUCAAUCUGUCACAGUAUCAAGUAGGAGAAGGAAAGGCCGAGUGUCAUCAGUGCUGAAGUCUCUUGAAAAUGAAGAUGGCCUUCUGUCUCAGCCUCGUUUAUCGAUGUCACUGCCUCUAUCUUUGAAAUCUUGGCUUAUCGAUGACUGGGAUUUGAUUACUCGUCAAGCUCGGGUAAGUAAUCUUCAGUUGCGUUAUAUCAUCCAGUCAGCAAAGCAAUUUCCAAUUUUUUAG